AAAUUCAAAUGGUGCUCAUUAUUCAACGCAACGCAACACAAGAAACGUGUUUUGUCUUGAUUACUUCUGAUCAGAAUACUGACAAAGCAAACCGGACCAGGCCUCAAAUAAUGAGUCAUGCUAUCGUUUUGGGAAUUGUUACCUCAGUCCGAGAUCAGAGGAGAAGCCAGAGUGGGUAAGAAACACUCGCCUCACUUUUCGUUAGGCAGUCGUCUUCUUCGUUUUUACGAUUGUACAACAAGCUUAGGGGGAAGCAAAAGGCAAAGUCCGACCGACCGACCCUUUCAAGCAUUCUAGACCCACGGAGGCUGUUAUUGGUCCUCAGUCCUCCAUCCUACUUGACAGUGAGAGCAUGGAAAUGUGCUUCCUGUGCUGAUCAGGCACCGUCUGUCCCAAUAAUAGGCCUCAGCUAGGUCACUUGGAAAAAGUCAGAAAGCACCACGAACACGUUGCCCAGAGUUGUUCGACAGAUCCCCGAAGCCCCCAGAGUCAAGCCAAAGCUACGUUUUUGGGCUGGCCGUGUUCCCUAACGUGUUCCAAAGCCAGCCAGAGAGACCUAGUACCUUCUGCACACACCGCAGGAUUGUUCCCAACUUUUGUUCCAUCGAACUGGCUAUCAGUGAGCGGAGUAAGAGAGAGUGAGUGCGACAGAGAAACAGAAAGAGAGAAGCAGUCAAGUGCGUCUCAAAGGGAGGCUGCCACGGCUGGUGUUGUUGUCGUUGUUGUUGCCGUUGUUGGUGCUCUGUUCCAGGCCUUCAUUUUGGACAGUGGGACUGACUACUGCACGACAUCCUUGGCCUGCACCAUGGAGGUGCAAGGUUAGGAUUAAGAAGGCAUUGGAACAAGGCACACCCGAACAAAAACGAAGUUAUGACAACGUUAGGAAAAGAGUUAAGACUAUUUGAUCCGUGAAACCACAUCAUGACAUCCUCCAGCAUCUUUGACUCCGUUUAUGGUGGCUAUCACUCGCCCUACUCGUCAUCAACCACCCCUUCACGAUAUGACUCGUUCAUGGAUCGACCAUCCUACACGCCUUCGUAUCGAACCACAUAUUCAUCCAGUUACAAUCGGAUUCCAAGCAGCACCUACGGCAUUCCCUCAGCCACCAGCAGUGUGUAUGAUAAGUACUACAACUACUUGGACGACCUCACCAACGUCACGCGGGCCUCCCGAUUAGGCAAUGGCGGAGGGUCCACGGCAUCCUCGGGCUUGGGAUACACUUACAUGCCCCGACAUCUGAUGUUGUCAGACUUGAUUAGCAAUGAUGAGCUUGAUGAGAAGCCAAAGAAGGCUUCCUCCGGAAUUUCCAGAACCAUUCCCAUCACGGUGGCUCCGAAGCACGACAAAUACGGCAAAGAGUUGAGUAACUACGACCGAUGGAAGUUAAGAAACAACGAGGAGCCCACAUCACCAUCUUCCACCACAUCAUCCAUUUCCUCUCAAGUUAGUCGGGAGGAUGAGCCCUUGUCCGAUAAACCUCGUCGUGGGCGAUUUACCUCUAGGUUCAUCAGCCGAGAGGAACCAGCUGUGCGAGAGCGGGAGGCUAGUGUCACGCCCACCCUGACCUCGCCCACUCCAAAAGCCUACUCAAAAGAGGACGAAAUAUUCCCAACGCUGCACAGCAGCCGAUAUGGCCAACGACAACGGAGUGCCUCAGUGAGGCCAACCUCGUCCACUUCCAGAUCUUCCCUCUACAGUGGAGGAGGUCACUCCUUUCCAACUGGAGCACGUGAGAAGUUGACCGGUUACGACGUCCAAGAUGUGAAGGGUGACGGAGGAUGCUACUAUCGAUGCUUGAGUCUGUAUUUCACAGGCUCUGAAGACAAUUACAUGAAGUAUCGUCGAGACGUCAUGGCAUACAUUCGCCAAAAUCUGGACAACUACUCGUCCAUGAUUCGCUCAGAGAUCGGUCGAUCCUCCACGAACGAUUACUUCAGCCGCAAAACUCGCGCUGAUCGGCAAGAUUGGGCCGAAACCACAGAAAUCAUCGCCACAUGUUGCGCCUUUGACAUCAACGUCCACGUUCUGGCUUUGGUUCCCGGAAAACGAGUCUGGGAGUGGCUCCAUUUUGAUCCCAGCAUUGGGACCGGGAAGCCUAGCUACGCCAACAGAGACGUCUAUCUCUACAACCAGGGAAGUGUCCACUUUAUGCUCUGCACACCAAAGUAAACAGCUCGUACAUACAUUAUAGCAUGAUGAAAUGAAAGCAAUGCUUGAAUUUGCAUACUGAAUUUAUUUAACAGAAUUAUAGACUUGAUUCGUCACA